UUAUUGGGGAUGGGGGUGAACAACUAAAAACCAAGCCAGUGUUUGAAAGAAAUGUGUAUAUAGUAUGUGGUAUAAAGUGGAGUUGGAAGGGAAAGGAUUUGAUACAUCUCUUUAGCAGUUGCCAAUGGGAUAUAUAGAUAUAUUUUUAAUUAUAUAAAUUUAAUCUGGCAGACAUUUGAACAUGAAUGAUUAGGGUUUUUAUAUGUGGUUAGCCUGGACUUUAUAAACAAAGACCACUGAGUCCAUCCCAGUACUCUGGUGGAUUUUUCUCCAGGAACUGUUACCCUAAUCUUAGAUAAUAACCAACAGUGUUUUCUGUGAUUUACAUUCACUUUUUAGUUAAAACCUCCCAACACCACCACCAAAAAGAAAAAUUUUUUUGGCUCCUGGACUUUGAAAACACAUGGCUUUUUUGUUGUAGGUGGACAGAAGUGUGUGAGCCACAGUAUAACGUGGCAAAAGUCUUGUGGGAGAAGAAUUCUAGGGUAGACCUGGGGCGGUGCCUGACUUGGAGGAAGAAUAAUAAUGUACUCAGUGAGGAGAAAGAUCUUGAGGUUUUCUAAGCCAUAAUUUACUUAUCCCUCAUGCCCCCUCAAGAAAGACUUUGACCUUUAAUUACAGGGGAAAUUGAUGAGAUGUGAUCAGGGGAAGCCCUAGCCAUAUCUCUACCUCACCCUCCCAACACCACACAGUGUCAGCUCCAGAGCAUCUGCCUGCCAGAGAAAACCCCAACCCACUAAUGCAACCAACAUAAAAAGGAGCUUUGCCUGCCAGGUGGGUUUUUACAAGCAGCAGUUUCAUUCUUCCUGCUGUUUGACAUUUAAAUUCCAAGCUCUAAACCCAACCUGCAUUAUAUACAGCAGAAAGUUACCUUUAUUUUAAAUCAUAUUUGGUAUUCUGUACUAGGUCACCUUGUGAUUUGCACUUAAAAUGUAAACCUGGUCAGUAUUUCCAUUAAAACAUCAGGGCUAAUGUUGUAUAUAUAGUUUUUCUUCCUGAUUUUAUAGACAAGGACUCUGGCAGCCCCGGGAGGGAAAAAAUAAAGCUGCUAGUGGAAUACUAGAGAUGAGAAUGAAAUUGGAAGUCUGUUUCUGGAAUUAGGGCUUCCCUGGACUUUGCAGACCAGUACAGUGAAAUAUAUUAUUCUGUGGGGAAUCUUCAGUGCUCUGUGAUCUGCCAUCUCAAAAUCUUUACAGAGUUUCUGGUGAUAGGCAAGAAUUAGCCAUAUAUACGUAAAGUAAAACGUGUAACAGAGGAAACUGGGAUCACUGAAGCUGUCCUUCCUGCUCCUUAACAUCAUGUCUUCCAGUGUGAAAACAUGCCUGUUUUCGUGUUCGGGGAAAUAACCAGAGCUAGUGCUGGCUUCGGAGGCUGGGUCUGCAGCAGCCGAGGUUCCUGCCUUCCUGCUGAAUGACCCAAAGUCUAUUCAGGGAUCUACGGGGGCUUUAAUCGUUAAUCUUCCCAUUUUAUUUAAGGGUUUACCUUAUAGGUGACUAGCUCGGACCUGGAAAGUACAGCUUCUAGCUUCCAACUCCUGGCUCAAAGGUCUCGACAGCAACUGGCUUGUAGAAGCCGCCGGUGUUGCAAGAAAAGCUGCCCGGGGCUGGAAGGCGUUCUCCAGAUGGCCGGAACCUUUGGUUUCAGUCAGUGGACCAAGCCGGCAGUGCCAGGGAGGCCUUCCGGGGAGAGGAGCCAGGGCGUGACGAUGGCGGGAGCGCCGGCUUUGAAGCAUUGGCGCACCACGCUGGAGCGGGUGGAGAAGUUCGUGUCGCCGCUCUACUUUACUGACUGUAACCUCCGCGGCAGGCUCUUUGGGGAAACGUGCCCCGUGGCCGCCCUCUCCAGCUUCCUGACGCCCGAGAGGCUUUCCUACCAGGAGGCAAUCCAGCAGAACUUCAGCCCGGCGCAGAUCGGCGACAGCUUCGGACCGACAUGGUGGACCUGCUGGUUCCGGGUAGAGCUGACCAUCCCAGAGGCAUGGGUGGGCCAGGAAGUUCACCUUUGCUGGGAAAGUGAUGGAGAAGGUCUGGUGUGGCGUGAUGGGGAACCUGUCCAGGGUUUCACCAAAGAGGGUGAGAAGACCAGCUAUGUCCUGACUGACAGGCUGGGGGAAGGAGAACCCCGAAGCCUGACCCUCUAUGUGGAAGUGGCCUGCAAUGGGCUCCUGGGUGCUGGGAAGGGAAGCAUGAUUGCAGCCCCUGAUCCUGAGAAGAUGUUCCAGCUGAGCCGGGCCGAGCUGGCUGUGUUCUGCAGGGAUGUCCACAAGCUCCUGGUGGAUCUGGAGCUGCUGCUGGGCAUAGCCAAGGGCCUCGGGGAAGAUAACCAGCGCAGCUUCCAGGCCUUGUACACAGCUAACCAGAUGGUGAAUGUGUGUGACCCUGCCAAGCCUGAGACCUUCCCACUGGCCCAGACCCUGGCCUCCCAGUUCUUUGGCCAACGUGGUGGUGAAAGCCAACACACUAUCCAUGCCACAGGGCACUGCCACAUUGAUACAGCCUGGCUUUGGCCCUUCAAGGAGACCAUAAGGAAAUGUGCCCGGAGCUGGGUGACAGCCAUGCAGCUCAUGAAACAGAACCCUGAGUUCAUCUUUGCCUGCUCCCAGGCGCAGCAGCUUGAGUGGGUGAAGAGCCGCUACCCUGGGCUGCACUCCCGGCUCCAGGAGUUUGCCUGCCGUGGGCAGUUUGUGCCUGUGGGGGGCACCUGGGUGGAGAUGGAUGGGAACCUGCCCAGUGGAGAAGCUAUGGUCAGGCAGUUCCUACAGGGCCAGAACUUCUUUCUGCAGGAAUUUGGGAAGAUGUGCUCUGAGUUCUGGCUGCCAGACACAUUCGGCUACUCAGCACAGCUCCCCCAGAUCAUGCGUGGCUGUGGCAUCAGGCACUUUCUGACCCAGAAAUUGAGCUGGAACUUGGUGAACUCCUUUCCGCACCAUACCUUUUUCUGGGAGGGGCUGGACGGCUCCCGUGUACUGGUCCACUUUCCACCUGGUGAUUCCUAUGGGAUGCAGGGCAGCGUGGAGGAGGUGCUGAAAACUGUGGUCAAUAAUCGGGACAAGGGGAGGACUAACCACAGUGCCUUCCUCUUUGGUUUUGGGGAUGGGGGCGGUGGCCCCACCCAGACCAUGCUGGAUCGUUUGAAGCGGCUAGGCAACACGGAUGGGCUGCCCAGGGUGCAGCUAUCUUCUCCAAAGCAGCUCUUCUCAGCACUGGAGGGUGACUCGGGGCAGCUGUGCACAUGGGUCGGGGAGCUCUUCCUGGAGCUGCACAAUGGCACCUACACCACCCAUGCCCAGAUUAAGAAGGGGAACCGUGAGUGUGAGCGGAUCCUACAUGACGUGGAGCUGCUCAGUAGCCUGGCCCUGGCCCGCAGCACCCAGUUCCUGUACCCUGCAGCCCAGCUGCAACACCUCUGGAGGCUCUUGCUUCUGAACCAGUUUCAUGAUGUGGUGACUGGAAGCUGCAUCCAGCUGGUGGCAGAGGAUGCCAUGUGCCACUAUGCAGACAUUCGUUCCCAUGGUAAUACGCUGCUCAGCACUGCGGCCACAGCCCUGUGUGCUGGGGAACCAGGUCCUGAGGGCCUCCUCAUUGUCAACACACUGCCCUGGAAGCGCACCGAAGUGUUGGCCCUGCCUAAGCCUGGUGGGGCCCACAGCCUAGGCCUCACCCCCAGCCCUGGUGACAGUGCCCAGCAUGGGCUAUGCUCCUGUUCCUGCCCCCACUUCAGUGCAGCCCCUGCUGCCCCAACAGCCUGUGUUCGUAGUGCAAGAGGUGAGUCCCAGCAAGUCCUGGGGGGCAAGGGCUGUCCUGGGGUGCUCCUAACAUCUUGGGGGGGCCUGAACUCCAACAUGGAGCAAGUGGCAAAUGUGGGGCUGGGGCUGGGGGUGAGUUGGCUGUGGGAAGCUCCUACAGACUCAGUCUCACGGACCCCUUUCACCAAGACUGAUGGUUCCGUGACUCUGGACAACGGCAUUAUCCGGGUGAGGCUGGACCCAACUGGCCGGCUGACGUCCCUGGUCCUGGUGGCCUCUGGCAGGGAAGCCAUUGCUGAGGGUGCUGUGGGGAACCAAUUCGUGCUGUUUGAUGAUGUGCCUUUGUAUUGGGACGCUUGGGAUGUCAUGGACUACCACCUAGAGACCCGGAAGCCUGUGCUGGGCCAAGCAGGGACCUUGGCAGUGGGCACUGAAGGCGGUCUGCGGGGCAGUGCCUGGUUCUUACUGCAGAUCACUCCCAACAGCCGGCUCAGCCAGGAGGUGGUGCUGGAUGUUGGCUGCCCCUAUGUUCGCUUCCACACCGAGGUGCACUGGCAUGAGGCCCACAAGUUCCUGAAGGUAGAGUUUCCUGCCCGUGUGCGGAGUUCCCAGGCCACCUAUGAGAUCCAGUUUGGCCACCUGCAGCGGCCCACUCACUACAACACCUCUUGGGACUGGGCACGAUUUGAGGUGUGGGCCCACCGCUGGAUGGAUCUGUCAGAGCACGGCUUUGGGCUGGCCCUGCUCAAUGACUGCAAGUAUGGUGCAUCAGUGCGAGGCAGCAUCCUCAGCCUCUCUCUCUUGCGGGCACCUAAGGCCCCGGAUGCCACUGCUGACAUGGGGCGUCAUGAGUUCACCUAUGCAUUGAUGCCACACAAGGGCUCCUUUCAAGACGCUGGAGUUAUCCGUGCUGCCUACAGCCUCAACUUCCCCUUGUUGGCGCUGCCAGUCCCAGGCCCAGCGCCUGCCACCUCCUGGAGUGCCUUUUCCCUGUCCUCACCUGAAGUCGUGUUGGAGACGGUCAAGCAGGCGGAGACCAACACCCACAGCCGCACGCUAGUCCUGAGGCUGUAUGAGGCCCACGGCUGCCAUGUGGACUGCUGGCUACACACGUCGCUGCCUGUUCAGGAGGCCAUUCUCUGCGAUCUUCUGGAGCAGCGAGACCCUGCUGGGCACUUGCCACUUCGGGACAACCGCUUGAAGCUCACCUUCUCUCCCUUUCAAGUGCGGUCUCUGUUGCUCGUGCUUCAGCCUCCCCCAAACUGAGUCCCCUAGGGAUGGGGUUUGGGCUGUAGAAGGCUUUAGGGACUCCUCAUUUUUGCCUCCCCAGCCUGAAGCACAGAUCAGUCGCCUCUUGUAUAAUAAACCUACCGAUCAGGAA